CCCGGACACUGAGUCCAGAGCCUCACCCACGCAUGCGUCGCGGGUUCAGCAUCCUCUGCGCUGACCAGCUCAGUGGAAUUAACCACACAUCACCUACCAGACGAACGUUCUCUCCUCUUUCUUCCACAGGUGCAGGCUGCCAGUGCUGUGACUGCUCCAGGGUGUUGGUCAGUGGAGCUGCAGACGACUGGUCAGUGGGUGUCUGUCUGGCCUGUCUGUCUGUCUGUUUGGGUGAGCAGGACAGGAGGAGCCAUGGCUAACAGGGGACCCAGUUACGGGCUGAGCAAGGAGGUGCAGGAGAAGAUAGAGCUGAAGUAUGAUCUGGACCUGGAGGCCCGGCUGGUGGAAUGGAUCGUAGCUCAGUGUGGGGGGAACCUGGAGAGACCACAGCCAGGCAGACAGAACUUCCAGACCUGGCUGAUGGAUGGAACAAUUCUGUGUAGGCUCAUCAAUAGCCUGUACCCGCGUGGUAAUGAGCCCAUCAAGAAGAUUCUGGAGACCCAGAUGGCCUUUAAGCAGAUGGAGAAGAUCUCCCAGUUCCUGCAGGCUGCCGAGGCCUACGGAGUAAUCUCUACAGACAUCUUCCAGACAGUGGACCUGUGGGAAGGGCAGGACAUGGCUGCGGUGCAGAGAACCUUGAUGGCCCUAGGAAGUGUUGCCCUCACCAAGGACGACGGACAUUACCGUGGCGACCGAGACUGGUUCCACAGGAAAGCUCAGGGUUACCGGCGGGAGUUCUCUGAGGACCAGCUUCGUCAGGGCCAGAGUCUGAUUGGUCUACAGAUGGGCAGCAACCGUGGGGCCUCGCAGUCUGGCAUGACGGGCUACGGAUCGCACCGCCAGAUCAUGUAGAGACACCAGCCAGCUGCUCAGCCAGCUGCUAGCCACUCCCUAGCCUGGCGGUGUACUCCAGUUACUGGACCUCCAGAAGAGAGCUCCACCACACUUCCUGAACCUCAUGAAAUGACCCAACCCCUUUUCCCCCUUCCAGAGCAACACCAGCCAUUCAUUCAUACAUACAUAUAUACAUACAUACAUACAUACAUACAUACAUAUACAUAUAUACAUACAUACAUACAUAUACAUACAUACAUAUACAUACAUACAUACAUACAUACAUACAUACACAUACACACAUUUCUAAUGUUCGUCCCCAACACCCAAAAAGGGUGCUCUAUAUACCCCAACCACACCAUGAUUCCUACAGACCUCAGUAGUUUCUGCUUACCCCACACCCACUCUCCAGUCCUCCUUGGUCCUGCUCUCUCCAUCCAUAUAGUCCUGCUCUCUCCAUCCAUGCAGUCCUGCUCUCUCCAUCCAUGCAGUCCUUCUACAAAAGUUGUCCUUCUACAAAACAAGCAAAUAGUAUUUUACACUACUAUCAAAUAUAAGAGCAAGACCAUGUUAUAGUAUGUUACAUAUUUUAAUUAUUUAACGCUUUAUUUGUUUGUUUGUAUGUACAGUAAGUGUGUCUGAGUCAUUGUAUAGUCAUGGAGGGUUUGCUAUACCUCAUGAGAUGUUUCAUGUAUAACCGAAUGGAACUCAAUGAGCGAUGAUGCCUCUGCUGUCUUGUGUUAAUUAUGUGAAGACUUUGCAGUAACUGCUGUAACCAAAUGACCAUCACGUUGUGCCUGGUUAAUACAGCAAACAGACAUUAAACUAUGCCUUAUAUAAGAAAUGUCACCCAUCAUAAUGCAGAGGAAUUCAAAGGCAUGUUUUCAGUUCUGUUUUUUGACAAACAUUCUGUGCUGUGGAUUUAUAACAUAUGUGUAAUUAUAAUGUAUGUACUGGAUGUGUCCAUGUGUGUUUCAGCCAAUCCCAUGAUUGUUGAAGAGCAGUGGUGGAAAAAGUACUUAAUUGUCAUACAUGAGUAAAAGUAAAGAUACCUUAAUAGAAAAUGACUCCAGUAAUAGUGAAAUUCACCCAAUGAAAUACUACUUGAGUAAAAGUCUAAAAGUAAUUGGUUUUAAGUAUACUUAAGUUUUAAAAGUAAAUGUAAUUGCUAAAAUAUACUUGAGUAUCAAAAGUAAACGUAUAAAUCAUUUCAAAUUCCUUAUUUAAACAAACCCGAAGGCACCAUUUUCUUUUCUUUUUUAUUUACGGAUAGACAGGGGCACACUCCAACACUCAGACAUAAUUUACAACAAAGCAUGUGUGUUUAAUGAGUCCACCAGAUCAGAGGCAGUAGGGGAUAAGUAUGUGAAUUGGACCAUUUUCCUUUCCUGCUAAGUAUUCAAAAUGUAACGAGUACUUUUGGUAAAAGUAAAAGUUGUCCAAAAUAUCUAAAGUAAAGUACAGAUACCCCCAAAAAUGAAUUAAGUAGUACAUUGAAGUAUUUUUACUUAAGUACUUUACACCACUGUUAUAGAGCCAUCUUGUAUGAAAGUGACACAAGGAUCAUUCUGUUCCUGGCCUGAUAAUGCUUGUUUAUAUAUUUUUAAAUAUAAUUUGUCAUGUUUACAUUAAGAAAUAUGUUUAUAUCUGAAAUCUUGUGUGUAGAGAAUAUGACAAAUCCAUGGAUAAAAACUGAUUCUGGAAAAAUCUA